AAUAAGAUACGAGAAGUAGUAUCGGCUAGGCUAACAAAAUCAACGAUCGCUCGCCGCAGUGCAAAAAAGGGCUGAAGAAAUAUUUCUUUUUUCAUUGAUUGAUUGUUUGUCUGACGAGUGGAGUGGAGUGUGUGAGAACUGAAUUGGGCAACAAAACUUGUGUAUUCCAUUGACGAUCAAUUGCGUCGUUCGUUCAAUAGACAACUUCCGAUAUAGAAUUUCCAAUUGCUGUCUGGCUGGGCAUAACUCUUAUUCUGCUGGUUGCAAUCAACAAAAAAACAAAAGCUGUGCUGUGUUGCAGUCGUCGCGCCCCAGUCAUUAAAAGAAAAACACAAUAAAAUCCUAACGCAGAACAAUGCAGACCAUAAAGUGUGUUGUUGUUGGCGAUGGUGCUGUGGGUAAAACAUGCCUGCUGAUUUCGUAUACCACCAAUAAAUUUCCUUCGGAAUAUGUACCCACAGUAUUCGACAAUUAUGCAGUCACCGUUAUGAUCGGUGGCGAACCAUACACAUUGGGUCUCUUCGAUACCGCCGGUCAAGAAGAUUACGAUCGUUUGCGUCCAUUGUCAUAUCCACAGACAGACGUGUUUUUGGUGUGUUUCUCAGUCGUUAGUCCUAGUUCGUUUGAAAAUGUCAAAGAAAAGUGGGUACCGGAAAUACAGCAUCACGCCCAAAAGACACCCUUCUUGUUGGUGGGAACGCAAAUAGAUUUGCGUGAUGAGACCACAACAUUGGAAAAAUUAGCCAAGAAUAAACAAAAACCUAUUGGCAUUGAAAUGGGUGAAAAAUUGGCCAAGGAAUUGAAGGCAGUCAAAUAUGUGGAAUGCUCUGCCUUGACACAGAAAGGUCUUAAAAAUGUUUUCGAUGAGGCAAUUUUAGCUGCAUUGGAACCACCAGAACCCGCCAAGAAAAAGAAGUGCAGAUUCUUAUAAUUUUUAUGUGUAUUAUAAUUUAUUUCAACAAACGAAAGAAACAAACAAAAUGCAGAAGCAAGUUUACAUACACACACGCAAUCAAUAAUUUCUAAACAACAACAACACAACACUGCAACAACAUUAAUCAAUUGGAUUUAUAUUGAAAAGAAAAAAAAAAACAAGAAAAACAAAAUUUCUAUUUGAACAGCGUCAUAAGUUCAUGAAGUACUAAAUUAAACAAACAAUGAAAACUAACAACAACAAAAAAAACGAAACUCGGAUUUCUAGCUUAGUCACUGCAGCAAAUUUAAAAAAACAAGAAACAUAAACCAAGGAACCAGCAAUAAAUUAAAUAUAACAAUUUUGCAUUGAUCAAUAUUUGAUAGUCCUAAAUUCUAUAAGAAAAAGUUUAUAUAGAAACAAAAAGAAAAGAAAAAAAAACACCAACCAUAACAACAUUAUACGUAAUGUUAAAACUAUUUUUAGAAACGCAAAAAAAAAUUAUUGAAGUUCGUCGUAAACAACAACAGACACUACACACACCACACUCUACUGAUGGCAGUAACAACAAUAAUUUAUCUAAAAAAACACAAAUGCAAAUAAAAUAUAAUUGAAUUUUGAUGAUUUAUUGAAUAAAAUAAAACAGAAACGCAACAUUUAACUGAAAAAAAGAAACAAAAGCAAAAA